UUCCUUAUCAAACAUCUCUGCAAGGAAACAUGAGUAUCAAAAACAUCUCAAGUUUUACUAUCAUCUACAUUUUCCUCGUUACCGUUGCAAAUGCACAGCCUUUGGUUCCUGCACUCCUCAUAUUUGGGGACUCAGUUGUUGAUGUAGGCAACAACAACAAUCUUGAAACUAUUGUUAAAGCCAAUUUCCCUCCUUACGGGCGAGACUUCAUCAAACACAAACCAACCGGUAGAUUCUGUAACGGAAAGCUUGCUUCCGACUACACUGCUGAGAACCUCGGUUUUACCUCGUAUCCUCCUGCCUACCUCAGCAAGCAAGCCAAUGGGAAGCAUCUCCUGAUUGGGGCUAACUUUGCCUCUGGCUCAUCAGGCUACUAUGAUACCACUGCAAAAAUCUAUGAAACGAUCCCAUUGAGCAAACAGGUGGAGCUAUACAAAGAUUACCAGAAGAAGCUUGCAACACUCGUGGGACAAUCCAAUGCUUCAUCCAUCAUAAACGGAUCGAUACAUUUCCUUAGCAGUGGAAGCAGUGAUUUUGUUCAGAACUACUACAUUAAUCCUCUUUUAUACGAAAAGUACACUCCACUUCAAUUCAUAGACAUUCUGUUGCAGUCUUACACCAAAUUUGUGCAGGAGCUGUACAAUUUGGGAGCAAGAAAGAUUGGAGUGACAACGUUGCCACCACUUGGAUGUGUGCCUGCAGUUAUCACCAUAUUUGGCGAGGACAGUAACGAAUGUGUCGAAAAGUUCAAUAAAGUGGCAGUUUCAUUCAACAAAAAGCUCAACUCCACUUCCCAGAAACUGCAGACCAAGCUAUCUGGUCUUAAUCUUGUAGUUUUGGAUAUCUACCAGCCUCUUCAUGACCUUGUCACGCGCCCUACUGAUUACGGUUUCUUUGAAGCAAGAAAGGCAUGUUGUGGGACAGGAUUGGUGGAGACAUCUAUUCUGUGCAAUGCAGAGUCGGUAGGAACAUGUAGGAAUGCAAGUGAAUAUGUUUUCUGGGAUGGAUUUCACCCCACUGAUGCUGCUAACAAGAUUUUGUCUGAUGAUUUGCUGACUGCUGGCCUCUCUCUCAUCUCCUAAUUUGAAACAUAUUUUUUCUAUUUCAAGACUGUUUUACUAAGUUGGCAGUUAUAAUCCGACUGUUGUAUUGGUCGUAAGUAUUGUGUGUUGUUCAUGUAUAAAUACUACUACUACUACUGGGAGUGUAAUCUGUUUUAAUCUACAUGUAUUUGGUGUAUAAAAUCCUUGUUCGUGCAGCUACCAGUUUAUGCAUAAUAAAAUUGUACCAUUAUGCAUUUUCCACA